AUGUCAUGGCAUUCCUUGAACGCGAUAGGUACGGUGUAUGUUGAGGCUGAACAGGUAUGUCAAGGGAGCCCCAGGAUGCACAAUGGUAAGAGGUGUGCCUCGACAACAUUUUACGUAGAUGGUCAUAAGGGGGCUUGCGGAUGUGGCCCUGAUAAUAAUGACAAUCAGUUUUCGUGGAAUCACGAUCAUCUCGUCACUGCGCCAAGCCAACACUUCUUCGACAGUCACGGCAAGACAUGGUGCGGUGGUGCAUGUGGAAAAUGUAUUAAACUCACGACCACAGGUGGAUAUGUUAAUGGUCAAGGAAGUCAUGUACCCGCGGGCCAAAGUCAUGUCUUUAUGGUGACCAAUCUAUGUCCAAACGAAUACCCAAACCUGAGCUGGUGUAAUCAGAGCCCGGGGAAUGGAUACAAGAACCAGUACGGAUAUGGCGAGCACUUUGAUCUUGAGAAUGGUGCAGGUCAAAUUGAUGCUAUUGGUUGGAAAGGAAAGAAUCCAGAGGUUACGUGGGAAUGGAGUUCCUGCCACGGUCUGAAUUCUACAAUAUCAAAACUGAAUGUACUCAAUGAUCCCAAAAGACCAGAGAAUAUGAUAACACGAGUACAAGUAUGGGGAAACUUUGUACAGCCGCCAAAAGGCACUUGUAGACUGUCUGUAGAGUAA